AUGGCUUAUGUUGUGUUUAUGUUGAGUGUUGGUUUUGUAUUAGGGUUUAUGAGUUUUUCUUCAAAGCCUUCACCUAUUUAUGGUGGUGUUGGACUUAUUGUUAGUGGGGCUGUGGGUUGUGGCAUAGUUAUAAAUUUUGGGGGUUCUUUUGUGGGUUUGAUGGUAUUUUUAAUUUAUUUAGGGGGAAUGCUUGUGGUUUUUGGUUAUACUACUGCUAUAGCUACUGAGGAGUACCCUGAGACUUGGGGAUCUAGUGUUGUUAUUUGGGGAGCUUUGUUGUUAGGGUUAAUGAUGGAGUUGUUGAUGAUAAUGUUAAUGGUUGGGUAUGAGGGGUUAGGUGGAGUUGGUUUUGUUGGUUUGGAGAAUUGAGUUAUGUUUGUAGAUAAGGAGAUUGGUGUAGUUCGUGAGGAUUCUUUGGGAGUUACAGCUCUUUAUGGCAAGACUAGUUGAUUUGUUAUGGUUGCUGCGUGGUCUUUGUUUGUUAGUGUUUUAAUUGUUAUUGAGAUUAUUCGGGGGUAG